CUUCACCAAUCAGAACGCACCGGCGACGAACGCCCUUGACGUCACCGCUCCGCAGUGUCGUGCACACGCACACGCAAACAGACACACCGCAUUCAGGCUGACAUUGAAGGGGGAAGCCAGUGAGAUGCAUCAUGGCCACUGCAUCAUGUCUGGAUCCAGACUUGGUGCGGGAGGUGCUGGAGUGCCCCAUCUGCUUGGAGACGUACAAUCAGGACCAGCUCCGGCCCAAGCUACUCCAGUGCGGGCACUCGGUGUGCCGGCAGUGCCUUGAUAAGCUCCUAGCCAGCACCAUUAAUGGGGUGCGCUGCCCCUUCUGCAGCAAGGUGUCCCGCAUGAGCAGCAUUUCCCAGCUGGCCGACAACCUCACCGUGCUGAAGAUCAUCGACUGCGCGAGCUCGUGCAGCUCCGCAGCUGGUCUCAUGUGCAAGUCCUGCAAGAACCGUCUGCCGCGGCAGUACUGCUGCGAUUGCGGCGUGGUGCUGUGCGAUGCUUGCAAGGGCGAAGGGCACCAGCAUCAAGGCCACACUGUGCAGACCAUCCGCACGGCUGCUGAGCAGCGCAGGAAGGACCUGGGCGCAAAGCUGGCUAACCUCCGAGAGGCCAUGACCAAUAUUCAGAAGAAGAAGGCAGCCAUAGACAGUGUGUCGAAAUCCUUUCGCCUCAAGUACAAGGCCGUGCAGCAGGAGUACGCCAGAGCGGAGCUCAGGCUUCAAGAAGAGCUAGGCCGCUCUCGCCGUGCCUUUGCUGCCUCCAUGGCGGAGGUGGAGAAGCUCAAUGCUCAGAUUUUGGAAGAGCAGACGUACCUCCUGAACAUUGCAGAGGUGCAAGUGGUGUCUCGUUGCGACUACCUCACCAUGAGGAUCAAGCAGACCGACACUGCUUUGCUGGAAGAGGGCGGUGGCAAUGACGAAGAGGAGCUCGAUUUAAAAAGCAGUCUGCCCAACCUCUUGAAGCUGCAGGAUCCUGAGCUGGUCAAGGCAGAGCACCCGCAGUCUCUAGACGUGGGUCAGCUGACGAUUAAGCCGUGUACAGUUAACACGGAUGAGGAGGAAGGCCUGGAGAUAGCUGCUGCUGCUGCAGCCCCUUUGGAACUGUAUCGGGAUGUAGACAUGAUAACGGCUGUAGAGGAAGUUGUGUGUGCCUCACCUGGAAGCUUCAAAUCCAAGUCUGUGGAUGGAGGAGGACCAUCGCCAGCGGCAUCAGGAGGGGCGUCUGGGGGCCAACUUUGCCAGUUUGUCAAGAAGAUGGGCUGCAAGGGAAACCUCCCUGGCAUGUUCAAUUUGCCAGUGAGCAUCUGCGUAACUCCACAAGGAGACGUCCUGGUAGCAGACCGAGGCAACUACCGCAUCCAAAUUUUCAACCGCAAGGGCUUCCAGCGGGAGAUCCGCCGCAACCCAAGCAGCAUCGACAACUUUGUCCUGAGCUUCCUCGGUGCUGACUUGCCCAAUCUCAUCCCUCUGUCCAUUGCUAUUACCCCUCAGGGUCUUAUCGGGGUCACGGACAACUACGACAACUCUGUCAAGGUUUACACCACAGAUGGCCACUGCAUCGCCUGCCAUAAGAACCAGCUCAUCAAGCCUUGGGGCAUAGCCGCCAUGCCUUCGGGUCAGUUUGUGGUGUCGGAUGUAGAGGGAGGUAAGCUGUGGUGCCUGGCCGUGGAUCGUAACGUUGGGGUGGUGAACUACAACAGGUUGUGCUCAGCUGUCAGGCCCAAAUUUGUGACUUGUGACUCCUCGGGUACAGUGUACUUCACCCAGGGCUUGGGGCUUAACAUUGAGAACAGACAUAAUGAACACCACCUGGAGGGUGGGUUCUCCAUUGGGUCGGUGGGCACAGAUGGACAGCUGGGGAAACAGCUUAGCCACUUCUUCUCCGAGACAGAGGAUUUCCGUUGCAUCACUGGCAUGUGUGUGGACGCCAACGGAGACUUGCUAGUUACGGACAGCGGCCGGAAGGAAAUCCUGCAGUUCCCCAAGGAAGGUGGCUAUAACAUUCUGAUUCAGGAGGGCCUAACGUGCCCUGUCGGUGUUGCUGUUACCCAUAAAGGACAGCUCCUGGUUUUAGAUUGCUGGGACCAUUGCGUCAAGGUCUACACAUACUUGCAGAGGCGGCGUUCUUCAACUUGUUAAGCCUGCCAUUGUCCAAAAACGCAAGGACACAUGGAUGCUUUGUUUCACUGCUGUGACUGCGGCAGCAUUUAAAUAAAUAAAUAAAUAAAAGUCACAGCUUUUUUUUCUCUGUGAUCCUCGAACAGUGACUUGGCCGCAUUGAAAGAAGUGACCCAAGUCGGACAGUUGAUACUCUUUCACCACUGCCAACAAGAGAUUGGUAUGUGGGCUGCGUUUACCAAUGUGGCUGCUUUGGAAUAUGGCACAACAGAUGGCAAUUAUUGACGAGUGUUGUCUCUGAGUGGGAGUGUUUGUCAAUCAAGAGCGUCCCCAUCGGUGAUUAUUUUGACUGUGCUGUGUUAGCAUUAAGAUGAAGGACUGAAGUUGCGGGAAACUAAACAACACCCUGUAAGCUGCGAAAACGAUACGAAAGAAGGUUAAAGAGCUAAAUGGACUGAACUAUUUAAUCCGGAUACACAAACUCUACAUGCUUAUCCACCUAUUAAUGAUGUGGGUUUCUUGCUCAAAUCCUUUCCAUAUAUCCCAUAAUUCAAGGUGCCCUCUUAUACCUCUCAUAUCAAGGAACAAGUAGGCUAUAUUUCCAUUGUACAUCAUAUCAAAUCCAGUGUAACGAUGUCAAUUAAUCUUGGUAUAAAACCAUUAACAUGAUGCAUUACAGUGCUAAGUAGGUAAUUAAUGUCUUGAUUCAGUCGUCCGUUAUCGUCAAUCAUUUAGUGGCUGUUUUGUACCGUAUGCAGGUUUGUGCAACCAUGUAUGUGUUGUAGUUACCAAAGGAUUUCAAUUUCAGGAUAUAUGAUAUGAUCAGUACCACUGCAAUACUUCCUUAAUCAAAGGCAGGGAACAAUUCAGUCAAAAGAGAAUUAAAGCAGAACACUAGGCUAUAUUAAAAUAUUAGAGCAUCCAAGUGUCCUUUUUUCUACAUGAAGCACAAGACUGUUGCUGCGUUCUUAAAAAUUGGUGGCUAGUUUAUGAAAAGGAAAUAAUAGGGCUUCUGGAAAUGGAAAUAUAUUUAACUACAUUUGCCAGUUUAUUUUGUACUGCGAGGGAUUUGAGACAAUAACCUGCUCUUGUUGUCUGGAACUAUCAAACGACAUAUCUUUUUAUUAUCAUUGAUCGCCCCAAACUUGAAACUGCUGUCUUAAAAUAUGGUUCUGCUCAAGAUAUCGAAGCAUAAUCUUCUUUAACAUUAAACGCUAGAUCCUAAACCAUAAAACAAUGGGCAGCACAUCCUCAGAUGAUGUGGCGUUUUCCCCUUAUCACCAUCAGUGUGGUUCCAUCUGGAGUGAGUUUUAGGUUCUUUUUCUGAUCAGGAGAGCGUGUGGUGUGCCUCACUCAUUAUAUUUGGUUGUGUCAAGAUCAAAUUGGGCAGUUGAGCGAAUUUAGGGAGUUGAAUUACGCACUGAAAACACAGUGCCCGUUGAAUUUACUUGAUUCAAAUCCGUACAUCAUUUCCACAUGAAUAUCAUACGUCAACAGAGUUACUGUGAAACGUAACAGAGACAAAACUGACGAUGUGCACUCUUAAAAAUAAAGGCACCAAAAAGGGUUCUUAAAGCUGUCGGUCACGCUUUAGUUCCCUUAUACGUGAUUUAUGGCAGGGGGGGGCCCAGUCCUGGUCCUGGAGAUCAAUCACCCUGUAGAGUUCAGCUUCUACCCUAAUCUAGCACACCUGACCCAGGUAAUUAACACCUUCAGAUGCACCUUAAUAUUAGAGCCAGGUGUGUUGGACCUGAACUCUCCAGGGUGGUAGAUCUCCAGGACCAGGAUUGAGCACCUCUGAUCUACAGAUACCUUAAUUAUUACCACAUUUUCUGGUGAUAAGGUUAGAGUUGAUAGAAACUCUCAUUCCGGUUCAUUUCAUUAAUAUUUAAUUGAAUAUUAGUUAAAGACAGACUGGCUGUCCACAAAGCAUCUACAGUGGACUAUCAAAAUAAAGUCUUACUAAGCAAUUCUAUAGAAGAAAUAUCUUUAGUUCCCUAAGGAACCUUUCAAUUGAUGUUUCCUUGGAGAACCAUUUGAGAUGUGAGUUUAAAAACUCUUUAUAAAGUUCAAAGAACCUGCUCACAAUGGUAAAAGUUUUAGAGAAGAACCCCUAAAUCAGUAUAGAACCUCACCAACCUUGUAAAAAAAUUAAGCAAAAUUCUUUGAGCAAGAACUGCGUUUGGUUCCCUAAAUAACCAUGUUGAAACCUUUUGAGACCUUAAAAAAAGUAUUUUACCAAAUUCUUCCUAGAACCUUCUCGUCAUGAGAAUUUUGAAUAGGUUCUAUCCACUCAAAUAUCUCAUGUACAAGGAACCAUGCAUUAAAGGGUUCUUUAAGGUGGUUUUGCAAGGCAAUGUGUAAAGAACCUUUUCUGGCACCUUGUACACGAUGUGACAGUUCUUCAAACCGCUAAAAGGUUCUUCACACUCGCGUAUCUCGUUUUUAACCAGGGAACCAAAAGUGGUUCCGCAACGGCAUUGUGUAAAGAACCUUUUCUGGUACUUUUCACAUUAUGUGACGUUUGUUUGAACCUCUGAAAGGUUCUUCAUACUCACGUAUCUCAUUUUUAAACAGGGAACCCAUCGUAGUUGUGGCACCUUUAUUAUUAAGGAUGAAAGACCUUAUUCAUGUGGUCAGAAUGGAUGAACAGAAUCAAAUACAUUCAGUGCAAGGUUUGUUUGUGGUAAACCGUCCUGACCCUGUUAAAAACAAGCAUGCAAAUAAAUAAUACAGGAGACUCUGGACUGAGUUGGAAGUGUCAGACACCGUCAUGUAAACGUGACCCAAGUUUACCCUCUGUUGACUUGUGAACAUGUGACCACGUCACGGCUCAAGAUAACCUCCGACGCUGCGCUGCCAGGUCCGAGUUCGGAGGCACUUUCUCGCUCUUCCAUGUUUAUGACAGGGUUUCUCUGGCGAGGUGCUGCGAACACAUCUUACAUCCUCCCCAUUCUUAACUACACGACUGCAAGUCGUUGCUUUGACGUUGAUGUAUGUGAAAUAAGUCUCAGAUUCUUGUUUGUAUUGUUCAUGAUCAACUGUGUGCAAUAAAUUCCGCGUAAGUGGGAUUUCUAAAG